AACCGGAACUAAAUUUUACUACAUUUGUGGUCUGUCACACGCUCGCUUUGAUUCUUCUUUCUGGCUUUGCUUUCUUUUUCUCAGUCUCCACUUGCUCAGUAUCAUUUUAUAAUUAUUCUGUUUACACCCUUUGUUUUAUUUCUGAUCUAGAUCCAUCUUUCUACAUCUGGUUGUGUUAGGUGUAGCAUAUACAAGUAGAAACUGGUAUGAAGACUGCCAAGGGUAAAGGAGCUGCUACAAGGGAAACCUUGAAGCCUGUUGAUGACAAAAAAGUUGGGAAGAGAAAGGCUGUUGCGAAAGCAGAUAAGAGCGGAAGCAAGGCCAAGAAGAAUAAAUUGGCCAAGGACCCUAACAAACCAAAGAGGCCUCCAAGUGCUUUUUUCGUUUUUCUUGAGGAGUUUAGGAAGACAUUCAAAAAGGAAAAUCCUACCGUGAAGGCUGUGUCAGCAGUUGGAAAAGCUGGUGGAGAGAAGUGGAAGUCACUGAGUGCAGCUGAAAAAGCACCAUAUGAAGCGAAGGCAGCAAAACGAAAGGGAGAGUAUCAAAAGCUUAUAACUGCGUACAAUAAGAAGCAGGAAAGCACAACUGACGAUGGUGACGAGGAAUCUGAAAUACAUGAUGAUGGUGAAGAAAGUGGACAGGAUGAUGCUGAGGAAGAGGAUGACGAAGAUGAAGAUGACGACUAAACCCAUAUGCUACUUUUGAAUUAUGGAUUCCUUAGCCAAAGGGCAUCUUGUGUUUAAAUCAAAAUUGGAAUGAACAUGUUCAUACAGUGUUUCUUUUCCUUUAUGCUAGUUAUUGUUUCAUGUCAAGGCCGACCAAUGUAAUAAACAUAAUCACAGUAUUUUCUACGAAGUAGGUUUAUAGUCUUUUUGGCUUAUGCCAGUUUCUCCA